AUGACCACAUCUGAUUGGCAUCCUGAUGAUGAUGGUUUGACUGUUGAUCCUUGUUCAGACGAGCCAUCCACAGACCUUUUCGUUGGUGAACUUCUCGGCGAUGAACUCAUUGACAUCUACAACGCUGCUGUCGUUGGCGGAGGCGAUGAUGACGAUGACAUGAACGAAAUCCCUUCGCUUUUGGCACCAACGCCCGAUAUCAAGAAAGAGCAAGAAACCACGGGACAGGGAGGCUCAUCGCAAGAUGAUGGUUUCGGCGCGUUUCGAUCAUCCAACUCUUUCAAUGAUCUGACGAUUUUGCCUCAACCCCCUGCUGUUCCCCUUGUUGCUGAAACGGCUACAAGUCUUCCUCAAUCAAUCGCACCACAUAGUGUUGUAAACAACGAUGCUACCAAGAAACGAGCCUUGGAAGCAGCUGCUGCUUCACCUGCUCCGAAACGUCGCGCGAUUCCAUCCAAGAAACCUGCAACAGGUCCACCAGUACUCAAAGCCAAGGCUAAGGCACCAGCCAGCGCAGUUCCGGUUCAAAAAGCUAUCAAACCGAACAUCGCGGGCAGACCGCAGAACAAAAAAGACACACCCAACCCCCUCACACUCGCUAAAACACAGCCUUCGACUAUUGCAGCGAAGGCGACACACACCAAGAAACCAACCAACCCUCCAGUUGCCCCUGCUAGUACUGUUGCUCCACGAGUUCCUGUCACUGCCAAAGAGGCAGAGGCAAAGAAGUCCGAAGAUGCCGCCCCUGUGCUUUCCAACCCUCCAACGGAAGCCGAUUUCAAGUGCGUAGCACAAGCUGCUGUUAGCAACUUGAUCAUGAAUGCUGGCCAAACAACGAAGUCCGAUCCUGUGAGUGGAGCUGCUGCGAGCAAGGGCGGCUCCAAUGUGGAUAUAAGCACAGAGCAUGUCAAGGCAUUAACGGGAAGCAACUGGGUCUCCGUAUGUUCUGGUGGAGAUUCCAGCUCCAGCCAAGGAGCGAACAAUGGAGACAAGAUGAACAAUCGAGCAAGACGGCAGAACUUGACUCCAGAUGAACGAGCAAGACAAAACCGUGAUCGCAAUCGUGAGCACGCCAGAAACACUCGUCUUCGAAAGAAGGCCUAUGUGGAGGAACUCAAGAGAACGUUAACGGCGCUCGUUGCACAACGGGAUGCUGCAGAGCUUGAGAAACGACACACUGUGCAACGCGAAAUGGAACAAAGAGAAGUCCGUUUCCGCGUGAUUGAAGAAUUCCUCAAGCUGAGGGCACGAAAUGAGCGUAACUUUGCUCGAUGGUCUGCAAUUCUCGAAGAUAGAUUCACUUUCACUCUUCCUUUGACAGACUUUAGAAGUAUGGUUCACCAUGAAAGUAGUCAGACAAACAAUGGUUUCGAACAAGUGUUGAACGGGGUAGCAGAAGCCAUGGAAGAUUCUAACCAUUUGGCUGCUUUCAUUCAAAGCCUGUCGAAACAUUACGAGAACGAUGAGAUCGUAUUCGCCUACAGCUGUGAUCGCAAGAAUUUCUUGAUGGACAACUGUCAUGCUGUUUUGGAAUGGACCGCAUCGACUCAUGGGGCUAUGAAGCAGGGCACUUCAUCGGAGCUCACUGUCAAGGGCAGCGCCAAGGCACACUUCAGUCCGGCUUCCAACAAACUAAUAUCUGUAUCUUUGGCCUAUGACACGGGGAUCGUCAUGUCGCAGGUGAAUCAAAUCAAGGAAGGCAGUCCGGAUGAAGUCGCGGCACAAGUUGCGGCAAGUGAGGCUGACGCGAUUUUGGACUCGCUGCAAAUGCCUGACAUGCCCGGCUCCGUACCGUCCAACGUGACAGUCCUUCCAUCUACUGGAUCCGGACCUGGACCUGCCUCCAUCACCGACGCAGAGAAAGAAGACUCGUCAGAUGAAAGCAAUGAAGAGAUUCUUGAUGGCCGUCGUCAAAAGAUCACGAGUUGA